AUGUACGCUCCCGGCUACGGCUUCUCCAAUGUCCCUCCGAACUUCAACACCAGCGCCCCACCUCCAAACCAGAACCCUCACAUGCAGCCAGGCUCUGUCCCAACCCAGCCGGGCCAGCAGAUGAUGUACAACCCUAAUCAAUUCGCUGGUAUGCCCGGAGGCCAGCCCGGCUUCGUCGGCGGUCCCAAUCCCGCCAUGAUGUCGGGCGCUGGCCCUGCAGGCAUGAUGCAGAACGCCGGCAUGCCACACAUGGCUGCCAAUGGUCAGAGUGAGCUCCCCCUUCCUUGCCCUGUCUUUGCCCGUGUGUGUGUCCACGUCUCGCCAUCGGUCAGAGAGUCUCGUAUCUGCGUCACGCCCUCUGAUGCUGCCUCGUGGCAGCAUGUAUUGCCCGUCGAUGAUCGAGACAAAGAUCGUGGUGCCACGAGAUCGCGUCUGUCUUGCAGUCACUCCGUCACCAUAGUCAUCAUCAUCGUCAACGGACACCCGCCAAACGACAUGGCACCACAGCAUCUUCCAGCAUCUAUCCAUGGGAACACGCGUUUGCUAACAUCAAUGUCUCUACUAGUGGGCUUCCAAAACCCUUACCAGGGCAAUCCAUACGGCGGCAACAUGCCCGCGCCGGGCAGUCAACAUCCCAACUUUGGAGGAAUGCAAGGCUUCCCGAUGAAUGCGGCGGGGAUGACGCCUCAACAACAGCAGCAGAUGAUGAUGCAGCAGCGCAUGCAAGCGCAGCAGGCACACCAGCAGCAGCAACAACAACACCAACAAGGGCAGGGACAAGGAAACCAUGGAAACCAAGGCGGCAUGCAGUUGGGCUCGACACCUCAGAGGCCGAUGAGCGCGGCGCAAGGUGGACAAGGCUCUCCAAACAAUGCGAUGCAGCAACAGCAACAACAGCAGCAUCAGCAGCACCAACCUCAACAUCCCCAGAACCCUCAGCAGCAACACCAGCAGAACCAGCAACAUCACCAGCAACAGCAGGGUCAGCAACAGCAGCCGCCACAAUCGCAAAACCAGCAACAACAGCAUCAGCAACAACAAGCUCAACAUCAACAGCAACAACAGCAACACCAACAGCAGCAGCAGCAGCAGCAGCAACAACACCAACAGCAGCAAGCACAGCAACAACAACAUCAGCAAAACCAGCCUCAACAACAACAACACGCGCAACAGCAACAGCAGCAGCACCAUCCCACAUCGCAACCUCAAUCACAUGGCCAGACUCCUGCGGCGUCAGCGCACCAGCACUCGGCUUCCAUCGCGUCCGUGACGACCCCUCAGACCCCGACAUUCCCUCAACAUAACCAGAACCCGACUGCAAAUGGCACAUCGUCGGUAUCGACGCCACUUAGUCCCGGCAGCGAGUCCCGCGAACAGGAGAGGUUUUCACUGUUGUUGGAGAUCAAUCAAGAGCUGUUGUUCGAGUCGAUGCAGUUGCAACACACGCUAAGUGAGUUGAAGAAAGAGACACCAGGAGAAGGAGAUCAGGCGAGGAAACCGACCCAAGAAGAAGGGUCGGUUCAGCAGGACUACAGCCAUUGCAUGCGACGACUUCAAGCGAAUCUCGCAUACCUAGCCGCUUUGGCCGAUCGCAAGGGAAACGUCCAGGUUCCUCCAUCGCCCGCUUACCUAUCCUCCCCGCCACUGAAUAUGGCGCUCAAGAUCCGAAACUCAACUCCGCCAGGCGACAUUCCCGAGAACAAUCCAGACCCGAUGACAGACCGCGAGGAACGAUCCAAAUACCUAUCUGAGCUGUACAGAAAGCUUCAAGCGCUGUUUCCAAAUGCGGACCCCAAGAAGGAGCCACCGUUCCAGGCCGCGGGCCGCCCUCAGGGUCAACCGGGGCAGCAGGGACAAGGUCAGCGGCCGCCGAGCCACCACGCGAGCCCCGCCAUGGCUCAAGCUCAACGGCCCAUGCAAAUGCAGAACAUGCCCGGAGCACAUCAGCAGCAGGGCAUGUCUCUAUCAUGA